AUGACGUCCGAAACAGCAGCAAGAGCAGAGGAUGGUGGCGUGUUGCUGUCAGAAUCCCGCCAAGGCAAAGGUCAAUGUUCUCAAGAAAACGACACGACAGACGACACUCAGCAGUCCUCGCCGAGCGGGAAAACCUCAUCAGUAUCAGCAGAGCAAGACGGCUUCAGUGAAAAACUGACAAGCUCACCGAUAAAUUAUUCUCAGCCUGACAAAAAACGCCAGCGCCAGAAACUAGGAUGCCUCAAAUCGUUUUUGACAACUUGUUUCCCAGUGGAAAACAAGCAGGGGAGAGGGACAGCUGGGAAGAAAUUGUUCCACUUUUACCUGCUGAAAAACUCGUCUUUCUUGUGUUUUUGCUUGAGUAUUUGUUUGUUCACCGCGGCGCUCAGAGCAGCGUUUACGUUCAUCCCAGCGUUGGUGAAAUCCAAAGGUUUGUCGGCUACGGACGCCACACUGAUCUUGUCAAUUGCCGGAGUCUUUGACACCUUGUCUCGGAUCGCGACGGGGCUGAUCCUCGACUCUCGCUAUCUCAGACCUUGGCGACCUAUGAUCUACAACUCCCUGAUAUUUGCCAUCGCCUUGAUUUCCUUCGCGCUCCCGUUCUUCUCGUCGUUUGUGGCGUUUGUCGCCAUUUGUGGCUUCUACGGCAUCGUAACAGGAGCGUUCAUAUCCCAGAAGGCUGUCAUCAUCGUAGACAUCCUGGGGAAGGAGCAUAUGUCCAGUUCCUUCGGGAUCCUACUCUUGUUUCAGGGCAUCGGUACCUGCGUGGGCCCUCCUCUGUCAGGCGCGUUCCGUGAUAUGUUCGGCAGCUUUGACGAAGCGUUUUACCUCGGAGGUGGCCUCAUGGUGGUGGCUGGCUGCCUGAUGGUCGUGGGGAACUGCUUCCUGCACUUCGCGCGGAGGAGAGGGAAACAGUCCGGGGAUCGUAUAGCAGCCAAGGGGUGUCUGAUGCUGUCUGCUGACCCUGAGCGGUCACUUGGACGGACACCUGUGUGUCCUGGGCCAAGGAAUGCCUGGGGAAACCUGAGGGGAGCUCAGACAGACGUGGACGCCAUUGGUUGA